CCUCUCUGUCCCCGCUGUCUCCCCUGCCACUCUCUGUAGGUCUCUCAUCCUGUCUGCUUGAGUUAGUGUGGCUGCUGUGAGACGCUGCAACCAUGGCUGCUACUGGAACUUUUCGUAUGGUAUCAGAGGAGGAGCAAGCAAUGAGGUCAAAGCUGGAGCAUUUGACGGUGAAGGAUCAUGGGCCGGUGUUUGGGCCGUGCCACAAACUGCCUGGCCACACUGUGCAAAAGGCGAAGGAUGAGUUGAAUGAGACAGAUGAGAGACGGGCGUCAUCACUGAAGGACCUGCGGGCCUUGAUGAAAGAGAGGGCAGUGGAUGGAGACGACCUGGCCAAGCUGAUCCUCGAGCGUUUCUGGGACAAACCCGACUCUCUGCUGCUGCGCUUCCUCAGAGCUCGCAAGUUCGAUGUUAACAGAGCCCAUGAGCUCAUGAAAGGUUACGUGCACUUCAGGAAGGAGUAUCCUGAGCUGUUUGAGAACCUGACCCCCGAGGCGGUGCGCAGCACCAUCGAAGCGGGAUACCCUGUGGUUCUGCCCAGCAGAGACAAGUACGGCCACGUGGUCCUGCUCUUUAACAUCGACAGCUGGGACCUGGAGGAGAUCACCUUUGAUGAGGUUUUGAGAGCAUACUGUGUGAUCCUGGAGAAGCUGCUUGAGAAUGAUGAGACCCAGAUCAACGGAUUUGUCCUGAUUGAGAAUUUCAAAGGCUUCACAAUGCAGCAUGCCUCGGGAAUUAAGCCGGCUGAGCUCAAGAAGAUGGUGGACAUGCUGCAGGACUCGUUCCCGGCCCGUUUCAAGGCAGUUCACGUUAUUCACCAGCCCUGGUACUUCACCACUACUUACAAUGUGGUUAAACCCUUCAUGAAGAGCAAGCUGCUGGAGAGGGUCUUUGUUCAUGGUGAUGAACUGGACAGCUACCUCAAAGAAUUCGAUGCUGAUAUCCUGCCUUCAGACUUUGAUGGAAAUGCCCCGGUGGCUGACUACCAGGCCAUCGCCACCAAGCUUUUCGGCUCUGAAGACACCGCUCUCUGAAGAAACAGUCCCCCAUUUCAAACCCAAGAGUAGUCUCUUUCACCUGAGGUGCUUCUUAUGUGAUCAGAUAUGUGGUCUGCUUUGAAGCUAGGUUUUUACUUUUUAAAAAAAAUUCAGGCAGUAAAUAGAAGUAGAGAGAAUAACUGAUAGUAAGCACUCGUUACUUUACACUGACAUGCACUGACAGUCCUCUCAUGUGUCUCAUGUAUGAGUGGAGGAAGAAUGAGGGAGCUGGUCAAGAUCACGAUCAGACCGAGUUGUGUUCGGUGUACUUUGCCUUAUAAAAUCAGUCCACUGCACACACAGCCUCGCGCCUACGACCUGCUCAACUCGUGAUGCAGAUUCAGUGUAGCAAAGUCUCAAAGGUGAAUUUAAGAUUUGUAUCCAGCGGGAAACUAAUAAGAGAUAAGGCUGCAUUAGACGAUCGUUUUAGGAGAAAAGGGCCUCCUGAUUCAGUGCCUUCAUUAGAAACAGUUGCCUUGCUGUCUUGAUGGCCUUGUUUCAACAUCUGCAUGCAUCAUGUGAAGUGUGACACUCAGAUGCCUGAUGUUCCAAGAAGGUGCAUUCUGCAGGUUGCACUGGAUUAAAAAAUGUUUAAUAAAAUCAUUUUUUGUCUUUUUUUU